AUGGAGAGAGUUCUACUUUGGGUAGUGUGUGUUUUAGUCUGUUGUUUUGUAGAGGUGGGUUUGUGUAGUUUGAAUGUUCCACCUCCUCUGCCAGUUUUGCCGGUGCCGAGUGCCAAUCAACUGAAAUGGCAGCAGAGAGAAAUGAUAAUGUUUAUUCACUUCGGCAUUAAUACAUUCACCAAUCUUGAAAAGGGAACGGGUACAGAGAAUCCUCAGUUGUUCAAUCCCAAUGGGCUUGAUGCAAAUCAGUGGGCCACAGUGGCCAAGGAGGCCGGUUUUUCACUUCUUAUUUUGACUACCAAACACCAUGAUGGAUUCUGUCUCUGGCCUUCUGCAUAUACAAAUCAUUCGGUGAAAAGCAGUCUGUGGGAAGAUGGAAAAGGAGAUGUUGUGAAAGAUCUAUCAGAGGCCGCCAGGGCCCAAGGCCUGGAUUUGGGUGUGUAUUUGUCUCCCUGGGAUCGUUUUGAGCCUUUCUAUGGGAAUGAGCUGCAGUACAAUGAAUUCUAUUUGGGGCAGCUGCAGGAGCUCCUCACCAAGUAUGGCCCCAUAUCGGAGGUAUGGAUUGACAGAUUCAAAGGAGAUAACACCACAAUGAUAUACCACUUCUCCAAGUGGUUUGCCAUUGUGAAAGAGUUACAAAUAUAUGCAAAUGUGUUCAUAGACGCAGGAGUAGACAUCAGAUGGGUGGGAAACGAAAAUGGGGUGGCAGGAUUAACCUCUUGGUCCACCAUCAAUGGAUCUUCCUCUAACUUUGGUCAAGUCGUUAAAGAGUAUUUGAACACUGGAGACCCAUAUGGAACAAAUUGGAUGCCUCCAGAAUGUGAUGUAUCCAUCAGGAAAGGCUGGUUUUGGCACUCAGAUCAGGAACCCAAAUCACUAAGCCAAUUGCUGGACAUCUACUAUGCUUCAGUUGGGAGAAACUGUGUCCUUUUGCUCAACGUUCCGCCAAACACAACAGGCCUUAUCUCUGCAGAAGACGUGGAAAGACUAAUAGAAUUCAACAAGGCCAUAAAAACUAUUUUUUCUAUGGACCUGGCUACUUCAGCUUCUGUCACAGCAAGUAGUGUGAGAGGGCCAGCCUUCAGCCCUAGCAAUGUAUUGAGCAAUGAUCUCUGGACUUACUGGGCACCCAAGGAUUUUGGGAGCAGCGAAAAAUCUCAUUGGAUAGAAUUGAAAGUUGAAGAAGCUGUUGAGUUUAACGUUGUGAGGAUUCAGGAGACCAUAGUAUUGGGACAAAGGGUAAUGGAAUAUGGCAUUUAUGCAUCAGGCGGUGAUGAGAAUAACAUGAUGCUGGUGAGUAAUGGGACUACAAUUGGGCACAAGAAGCUUCAUAGACUGGAAAAGCCUGUGAAAGCUAUUAGGGUUUCACUAGUGAUUUGGAAGUUCAAAGGGGAUGUGCCCAUAAUUUCUUCUUUUGGCCUGCACUUUGAUCCAUUUUACAAUGCAGUUUCGCCAUGA